CCUUGCCGUAAUCCCCCAUAGUGGUCACGUGCAUCUACACCUGGCCGUAAGAGUGGAAUCUCUGAGCGAGGACCAUGAACCAUACAGACGCGACACCCCUUCCGGAACCUGCUCCGGAAACGAUACCCGAGAUCGUGCUGCUGCCUAAGCAGGAUUCCGCUGCCAUCCUCGCCAGUGGUGGAGUUCCACCCAAGAAGGAGCAUCAAGGCGUCGGUCAGGCGCUCCAGAGCUCCGCUCUCCAGACGACCCCGGUGGCCGGCGACCUGCCGCCGCGCCGCUUCCUCUCACUGACGGGAGCCGCGGCGGCCAUACUGGCGUUCGCCUUCCUGGUCGUGGUGGUGUACGCCUUCACGCGACCAUCGCCGCUGCACCAGAAUGCCGACUGCGACACGGACGACUGCAUGCAGCACGCAUUCCUGCUGUCGGCCACGCUGAACCGCAGCCUCGACCCAUGCGAGGACUUCGGUGCGUUCGUCUGCAGCGCCUGGCUCGCUAGCUUGGCGCACUCACGGAGCCUCCAGGAGGACCUCUGGUACAGGUGGACGAAGCAAACGGCGCUGGAGCUGGAGAAGCUGCGGCUCUACCCGGAUGCACGGCCGAUCGUCAAGGCAGCCGGUCUGCUGCAGCGAUGUCUCGACAUGGAUGCGGAUGCAAGCCACAAGAACACGCUAUUCUUGCGCCACUUCUUCAGCCAGAGGAAUCUGAGCGCCGUAGCUGGUGAAGCGCCCAACGAAGGGGUGCACGCCCUGGACGUGCUCCUGGACCUGGCCAUCAACUGGCGCAUGCCCUUGUGGUUCUCCGUAGCUGUACUCAAAGCAGGCGGAAGCGGCUCACUGGGCGUGCUUCUAGACUACGGCCGAUACGACGCCUACUGGGUCAAUCGAGAACCGACCCAGGUCGACGACAACAGCGAAGACGCCACCAUGGACAACUUUAUACUAAAGACUCUCCGGGACUUGUCGGACAUCCGGCUGCAGUUUAAGCCGAAGGCGAUCCAGAUCAUGAACAUAACCAGGCUGACGCCGAGCUGGAGCAGCGACCUUUGGUUAAAGUUCCUCAAUAAACACCUGGCGCCAGCCUUUACGGUGGUAAUGCAAGACCACAUACUGCUCACUGACAGCAACCUGCUCGAAAUAAUCGGCGGGAUAAGCGUGCAGUAUGACAACGCCGCAGUGCUGCAACAUAUUGCUCGAGUUUUGAACAAAAUCUUCUCGAACCUUGUCAGCAACAGCACGCCGCACUUCCACGAUCCAGACGAGGCCUACCCCACGUUGCCGGAGAGCUCUACACUUGUUUGCCAUCUCCAAGUAGAAGACUUGUUCAAACCUGUCCUCGCCGUGAACUACGUUGUCGCGAAGAAGCUCGUCGUUCACCGUGCAACGGUGGACGGAAUUUUGCAGAACGUUAUCCAGACUGCCAUAGACAUGUUAACAGAGACUAUGUGGAUAGGAGAAGAGAACAAGAAAAGGAUGCUGCAACAGAUGAAGGCAUUAACAAUUAAUGUGCUUCCCGACCAACAGUUCAUGAUUGACAAGACGCUCUCAGACCUCUAUCGUAACUUUCCGGGUUCUCGAGACAUUUACGCUCGCGACAUGAUCGAGUCACUAACCGUGAUUCGCCGACACCUAGGCACAGACUUAUACACCGACCUCACGUCAACUCCGCACGGUGGUCGCGACCCGUACCUGUUGUACAACGUGUUCAACAACUCCUUCACGGUCGCAGUUGGCGCGCUGUCGGCGCCGCUCUUUUACCCGGAAGGAACGACAGCCAUGAACUACGGUGGACUCGGCGCAGCGUUCGCUAGCGUUCUGCUCAGAGCCAUCGACGGCGGUCACGCCGUUGUCGGCCCAAACGGGUGGACACUGAAUAAAGCGGAAUCGAUGUACGUAACGGCCCCCUGCGUGGACAUGAGCUUUGAGGGCUUUUAUCCCAGUCUUCCAUCUUUAGAGGUAACGCACAGAUCUUACCUCGACGCUCUCAAGAAGACGGGCCGAUCCGCGGACGAGAAGCUGGCAUCGCUCGGCGAGUUUACCGCGGAGCAAGUGUUCUUUCUAACCUUCUGCCAUCGCACGUGCAGGCAGUUCGAUGGCGUGAAGACCUCGGGCGAGUGCAACGUUGCCGUGCGAAAUUUCGCGCCCUUUCUCAAGGCCUUCAGCUGUCGGCGUGGCUCGAACAUGAACCCUAAUGCCAAGUGCGCUUUUUUCACGUGAUGCCGAAGUCGAGCCAUUCGCUCUACUUAUUUAUUUAUUUAUUUAUUUAUUUAUUUAUUUAUUUAUUUAUUUAUUUAUUUAUUUAUUUAUUUAUUUAUUUAUUUAUUCAUUCAUUUAUUUAUUUAUUUAUUCAUUUAUUCAUUCAUUUAUUUAUUUAAUGACUAUUGGAAGACACUUGCGAAAUAUAUCUGCGUUCAAAUUGUAAGAGAAGCGCGGAAGCAGAAAUGAAAUGCACUAUUUUACGGAUUAAAAGUUGUCUCCAAAAUUUUCUCAA